AUGUCGUCGGAUUUCUGGGCCGGGUACCUUAGCGGUGCCGUAGGGAUCAUCAUCGGCAACCCGCUCGAUCUCGUCAAAGUACGACUCCAGGCUGGCCAGGCAGGAAGCGCUGCAACUUCCCCGCACCUGCAUGUGAGCCGCCUUGAGAAUGCACGCAACCUGGUGCGAGGCGCUGCUGCUCCCAUUCUCGGAUAUGGAGCCCUCAAUGCCAUUCUCUUUGUCGCAUACAAUCGGUCGUUGAUGUGCCUGGACAACUCGAUACUCGAUCCCACAAAUCCCCAAACCACCUCGCUCUAUAAGAUAUGGAUUGCCGGUGCUGCAGGAGGAGUCGCCAGCUGGACUGUGUCGUCUCCAACGGAGUUCAUUAAGUGUCGAGCGCAGCUUGACACCCGACCAGGAGUUUCCUCCUGGACCGUUGCGAAAGACAUUCUCCGAACCCGCGGGUGGAGGGGCCUGUACUACGGAGGAGCCAUCACUUGUGCCCGGGACUCCAUUGGCUAUGGAUUUUAG